AUGAUUGCAAUAGUAUCUUUGGUUCUCAUCGCGCUCCUCGGAGUGUCCUCAGCUGAGGUAGAAGUUCCUGGAACGUUGAUUUGGGAAAAACCAUCGGGACUUUCGAUUGUAGGACUUGCUGAAGUAACUCCCCCGACUUGCGAUGGUGUCAACUACUACAGCACCUGUUACGAUUGCAAUCAAAUUUUGGUGUGUUCCGGUAAGCUUCCAAGUACCCAGCAGAAUUGCCGUGUGAAUUCCCCUACCAAACCGUACUGUUCGGCUGGAAUUUGCUCAGCGACACCCGCCUGUCCUCCAGAACCUCUUUCCUGCACUGAUGCUGGCAAGUUCCCUGGUAACGAUUGGAAACUUGGAACAUGGAACUGCCGAUCUCUAAAUUUUGUGGGCAGUACCCACGUGCUCUCCAACGAAUUGAAGAGCCGCAAAUUCGACAUCGUAGCGCUGCAGGAGGUAUGCUGGAAGGGCUCCACGGUGCGAACGUAUCCAGAUGGUCGUGCCAUCUACCAGAGCUGCGGCAACACACACGAGCUUGGAACAGCUUUUAUAGUGAUGGGAAAGAUGCAAAAGCGCGUGAUCGGAUGGUGGCCGAUCAACUCACGAAUGUGCCGGUUGAGAAUCAAGGGCCGGUUCUUCAACAUCAGCAUCAUCAACGUGCACAGCCCUCACCUCGGAAGUACCGGUGACGACAAAGACGAAUUCUACGCGCAGCUGGAGCGUGAAUACGACCGUUGCCCAAAACAUGAUAUCAAGAUCGUCAUCGGGGAUUUCAAUGCUCAGGUCGGCCAGGAGGAGGAAUUUAAACCGACAAUUGGAAGGUUCAGCGCGCACCAGCUGACCAAUGAAAACGGCCUCAGACUUAUUGAUUUCGCCGCCUCCAAACGAAUGGCCGUACGUAGUACCUUUUUUCAGCACCGCCUCCCACACAAGUACACCUGGAGAUCACCAUACCAAACGCAAUCACAGAUCGACCACGUUUUGAUCGACAGCCGGCACUUUUCGGACAUCAUCGACGUCAGAUCCUGUCGGGGCGCCAACAUCGAGUCGGACCAUUAUCUGGUGAUGGUGAAGAUGCGCCCAAAACUCUCCGUAGUGAACAACAAGCGAAACCGGCGCCCGCCUCGGUUAAACAUCGCGCGACUGAAGCAACCUGAGGUCGCGGCAGACUACGCGCAAUCGGUCGAAGCAGCGCUGCCGGCAGAGGGCGAGCUUGACGAAGCCCCUCUCGAGGACUGUUGGGAUACCAUCAAAACAGCCAUCAACAGUGCGGCGGAGAACGUCAUCGGUUAUGUGGAGCGAUCUCGACGGAACGACUGGUUCGACGAUGAGUGUAGGAGGGUGAUGGACGAAGAAAAUGCCGCGCGGGCGGCAGUAGUGCAAAGAGGCACCCGUCGAAAUGUGGAAAAUCACCGACAGCGGAAGAGGCAGCGAGUCCGACUUUUCCAGGAGAAAAAGCGCCGCCUGGAGGAGGAGGAGCUCCAGGAGCUGGAGCAGCUGCAUCGUUCCCAAGAAACACGAAAGUUCUAUCAGAAACUCAACGCAUCCCGCAAAGGCUUCGUGCCGCAAGCCGAAAUGUGCCGGGAUAAGGACGGGGGUAUCCUGACGGACAAUCGUGAGGUGAUCAAAAGGUGGAAGCAGCACUUCGAUGAACACCUGAACGGCGCACAUGCAGGAGAUCAAGACGGUGGGGGAAGGUACAUCGCCGGCGUAGCCAACGACGAAGAGGAGCCACUCCCAACGAUGAGUGAAGUUAAGGAAGCCAUUCGCCAGCUGAAUAGAAACAAGUCGGCUGGGAAGGAUGGCAUCGCAGCUGAACUCAUCAAAAUGGGCCCGGACAGGUUGACCGAUUGCCUACAUCGGUUGAUAAUCCGGAUCUGGGACAUAGAACAGCUACCGGAGGAGUGGAAGGAGGGGGUAAUAUGCCCCAUCUACAAGAAGGGCGACAAAUUGGACUGUGAGAACUACCGAGCGAUCACUGUCCUCAAUGCCGCCUACAAAGUGUUGUCCCGAAUCCUACUCCGCCGCCUAACGCCACAAGCAAACAGAUUCGUGGGAAGUCAUCAGGCCGGCUUCAUGGAGGGACGGUCUACGUGAUGCUGGCAAGUUCCCUGAUCCCUACAACUGCACCCAAUACCACUACUGUGAGGCUGCCGGAGAAGAUUCAUCUGUGUAUGCAUGCCCACCCAAAUACGUGUAUAACGCUGACACUGGACUGUGCAAACUGCAGGUCUACGUUGCGGACUGCAUGACC